AUGGAUGAAAGAUUAGACCAGAAUGAAGAUAACAGAUACAGGCCAACAUCAGCGGUGCAGGUUUGUGUCGUCCAGGAUUAGUUUUGUUCAGUGCACGCUUUAAAAGUUUGAUGAGAGGGCGAACCUGUCUCGCUCCGCGAUACAUUUACUGGUAGUUUUUAUUUCGAGAAUACUCUGUGACUGUAAAAAGGUGACUGUUGAGAAGGAUUUUUAAUGUUUUUUUUUUUUCGUUUGACUAAUUUAAUGAAGCAGCCAUAGUUAAUCAUUCUUUGCAGCUGAAAGAGGUUCUUGCCUCGUGGAUGGAAUCUUCAUUGAUGUUUUAAUCAAGCGACUCAAUAUACUUACGUUUUGAAUAAGUUCUCUGAGGUUUAUGCAAGGCACGUACUUUGAAUCCAAGAGAAUAAAAUGAAAGCUUUUUUCAGGAGCAUGUCUCAAUGCACUGUUUAUUCGAAUAUGAAAGAUUUGUUUGAAUAUACCAAACUCUAUUUUACCUGCAUCAAAAAUAACUUUUGCAUUGGUAUACCAUGGAGAGAGGAGAAUUUAAAUUCUUCCAAUUACUGACGAGUUGUUCUCUGUCUAUUGUUAAAGACUGCAGAUUGGUAGUAACAUUAAAAGAAUGUACCUUUUUUGCCACUUUUGCACUGCCUGUAAUCUUGUCCUUAUUAAAAAAUGCCCUCCACACCUACAAAAGCAAAGUUGAGUAAAGAUUGUUUUUUGAUUCUCUUGGGAGAACUGUAAUGCUCAGAAGAAAUUGAAAACGUGGUUAUAAUACAAAAUGUGAUAAUGCAAAGUGGCCAUUUGCUAGGAAUAAGAAACAGUCAAAACACUAACGCUAACUGCCACCUUUCUACUAUAAUGGCCACUUUUUUGGUGGACAGUUGAUACAUGUACAUUGACUUGUGUUAAAACCUUUCUAUCAUGGCCACCUCUCUGCAAUGGCCACUUUCUUCUGUCCCCUAAAUGGCCAUUGUGGAGAGGUUUAGCUGCAUAACUGAAAAGUUUUGAAAAAAGAUAAUAGUGAAUUGGUUUUUGCAGGCCCACAGCAGUCUCAUGUCUGCCAGUCCUUCAGGCCUGCAGACAACGACAUCAUUACCAGGAGGGCUGUAUCCUCCGACACCCAGCCCUAUGCCUCCCCUCACACCCAUGACACCAAUGACAGCUGAGCAGGCUGGGAUUGUGCCGCAACUACAGUGAGUACAUAGUGAUUAGAUUUUGUGACCUUUAAAUUUGAGUGUAAACAAAAGACUGAGUACAAGUACAGUGAACUCUCUUAACAGAAACCUCUGUAACAUGGCUAAAUUGCUAAAAAUGGACACCUAUAGUUGGUCCCUGCCUUUCUUUGCCCCUUAUUAGUUGACUCUCAAUAAACCGCACACCUCUCUAAGACAGAAAUACUACUGCCCCCAGAGGUGUCCUUCUUAGUGACAGUUGACGGUAUGACUUUCAAAUUUCAAACCAGUUGCAUUCCUGGAACUGACACUCUUCCCGUGUCUGGCUUUGCUCAUAGAAAGGCACAACACUGAAGUAAGAUUCCAGUUACAAAUGACUGUCCAAGGAUUGACAGAUCACUCGUGAAGUAAACGUAUCAAGUGUUCUUUUUUUCCCUCCCCCCCCUCCCCCUCCCCUAAAAAAAAAAUGCCUGAUCACAGGUUAAAUCUCAACCUUGUUCCCCAGGGUUCUCUCCUACCCACCCGACAGAGCGAGAGAGAGGGCUCCGUAGGGCGGGUAGGAGAGAACCCUGGGAACAAGGUUGGUUAAAUCUCAAGUCUAUAUGAGACAGAACAGUACAAAUAGUAACAAAAAAUGAAAACAGAGCUGGUUGAAGGAGCCUCUGGUGAAUGGCUCAAUUCUCCUUCCAACAUUUCCCGUGUAUGCUUGUAAAUCAAAGGGAGAAUUUGCUAUUAGAUCAGUACCCACUUUGGGCCUCACACCAUGCACCCCUUUGUGGCUGGGUCAGUACACCAGCACCCUUCUCUCACAACUGUGAUUGUGGUUCAGGUCAUUUAAUUUCUCUGUCCUGAAAUUCAUAACUGCAAUUGUUGGUCCUUGGCUUUGGUCUUGAGGUUUUUCUUCAGGUCCUCUGGUCCUCUAGUUGUCCACCCUCAACAGUAACCUUUCUUCACAAAUUAUUUCAGUUUGAUCAGGAAUUAAAAGAAGCAAGUUUUGUCUUCUUAGGACUGUUUACUAGUCACUUACAAACAAUGGUAUCUUUAACUUGUAAAUUUAUGGGCUCUUAACUUAAAAUCAAUAUCAUUUCAUUCUAACUUUGCACGUAACUUGCGUCUUUUAUCGAACAAUAUUUCUUUCUGGUCCUUAUAAUUUUGCUUACAACAGUGACCAUAAAAGCAUUUUAAGAGGACUGUUUAUUUUUUCUCUAGAAAUAUUGUCUCAACUGUAAAUCUUGGAUGUAAACUUGACUUGAAAAAGAUUGCUCUCCAUGCUAGGAAUGCAGAAUACAAUCCUAAGGUAUGUGUUGUUUAUAUAUUUCAGCAAAGACUGA